AUAAUAAAAGUCUUAUUAAUUUUGCAAAACAACAGAAAUCGGUUUUUCAUUAUUAUUUCUAUUUCCACACCUAAUAUUUUAAUCACAUGUUACUUUAUACAAUUAUUAUAAUUACAACAAUUAGUAAAGUGAAACAUUUUUAUUUCUAGUUGUCACAGUUUGCUAAUUUUGCAAAAGAAUAACUGUUGUACCCACAGUAUGCUAUAAAAUAUGUUACCGGUAUAUAAUUAAUUCAUAGUUCUAAUAUAAUUUUCUCUUGGCUUCCCAAUUAAUGAACAAUUCAUGCUGCCACAUUCUCCCUCUAUAUUGAAAUUUGUCAUUAUUUAAAAUGGUUACAGUGACAAAUCACUCUUGAGAUAAUUAUACCUCCAAGAGCCACACAUUGCAAGUCAAUUGUUAAAGAUUGAGAACUUUAGGCAGUCUGAAUGAGACUCAAACCUGGGACCCUUAGAGUACUGUUGUAGCUCUGCUGAUGCAGAGUUACCCUGGGCUGCGUAAUAUAUUUUCUCCUAAAUUAGUGAGCAGUGCUUUUACCUGUAAACCUCAAAGUAAAAGUAUUUAGUCUCCUUCAGUGCAUUUAUUGUUUUGGAACUUAUAAUUCUCAAAGACUAAGUAACUGAAGCGUGUGAUUUUAUUCUACUCUGUUUUUUUCUUGCACAUGCAUGUACACAUACAGGAUUUUCCUGCUUUAAUAUAACAAACUCCUAUAAAAGGUCUCUUCCCAAUUGAAAUUUUCUUUAAAAUCAUGCAGUUUUCCCAAAAAUCUGAACUUAAACCUGCUGUUUUACUUCCCAAAUUAGCAAUUUUAGCGAUUUUUCCCCAAAAUCAAGUGGCUAAGGCCUCUUCCCAAUUAAAUGAUAAAAAUCACUGACAUUACUGCAGUAAAUGUGUAUAUUAAAAGAUAGUUUUCUAUAUUGCCCUACUAUUAUGUAUUAAAUAAAGAUAAUUAACUGUUACAGUUAUGGGUGAGAAGUAUAUAAUUGAUGUAGACACUGGUGUGGAUGAUGCCCAGGCUAUAAUGCUAGCCUUAUCUCGUCCAGAUAUACAAGUUGUAGCCAUCACAUGUGUUGCUGGUAAUGUUGAUGUAGAUCAAGUGUGUGUGAACACUCUAAAGGUUCUCUCUGUGUGUGAUAGACUUGAUGUAAGAGGACAUUGUUUAGUUCUAACAUUGUCAGAGUGUAUUGUGGUUAUUUUGAUAGGCCUUUUCUCCAGAAGAAAAAAGUCGGUUCCUGUGUACAAAGGUGCAAAUAUUUCUCUUGUUGAUGAGGGUAUAGAGGCAACACAUUACCAUGGUAACGAUGGUCUAGGUGAUGCCAACCUUGACAUUGAAGUGAGUUUAGAUAAAAUACAGAAGGAGCAUGCAGUAUCAGCAUUACUGAGACUUGUGAAUGAAUAUCCAGGGGAGAUAACACUUGUUGCUCUAGCACCUCUCACCAACAUUGCUAUAGCUUUGAAACAAGAUCCAGACUUUGGCAAGAAAUUGAGAAGGAUAUCAAUAAUGGGUGGUAAUACACAAGCAACUGGACGUGUAUCACCUUGUGCAGAGUUUAAUUUUUAUAGUGAUCCUGAGUCAGCAUUUAUUGUGUUGGACAGAAUACAGAAAAAAAUAAUGAUAAAUUAUUAUGAACAGAAUGCAGGGUUACCUUGGGAGUGGUUUGACAAGUGGAUCCAAACAGACACUUCGAAAGGAAGGUUCAAUAAAGCUGCCUGCAGAUUAGCUGUCUACAGACAGAGGGAAGUGAACAAAAAUCCUAUAUAUAGGUCAUGUGAUCUCAAUGCCAUAGCAACUGUAAUCAACCCAAAAAUAAUUCAAGAAACAAAAGAUGUGUUUGCUACAGUUGAGCUGCAUGGAAAGUAUACACGUGGAAUGAUGGUAGUUGAUUGGCGAGGUUCAUUGAAGAAAUCACCUAAUGUUACAUUAGUUGAAAAAAUUGACACUAGUCUGGCCAGACCAAUGUUUGAAAAUAUGCUGAAGUAAAUAGCUUGUUAGGUUAAACAUACCUCAAUGACUGAUAUGGUUGUUGGUGCUAUUCACAGGGAAGUUGAUUUAAUUAUCAUACUUUGUCAAGUUUUACUUUUGGAGCUGUCUGCAGUUCUACAGUGGACUUAGUUUUGUGAAAGCAUUUGUUUAUUAACCCUCAUCCUUCUAUACACGGAAGUGAUUAGCCUUGUCCAUCAAUAUAAAGCCAGGCAGCCAGCACAUCUGUGUAGUCUGACCAGGUUUGUUAUUGUUGGACGACCAACUUCAAAUAUUCAUCAAAAUUGAUAAAACAUUGGUCCAAUAAAUAUAAGGAGACCAGUCCAUUUAUGAAAUUCAGAUUAAGGGUAUAUAGAUAGCUUUAUUAUAUUACUCUAAUUUGCUUGUUUUCCACAUUUAAUUGCUGUAUACUCCACAUAUAUACAUGCAGGUAUCAAGAAUCUUCUAAGAAUUUGUGAAUCUCAUUAUGAAUGUUCAUUGUGCAAAUCUUGCAAAAUAUAUGAUCCAUAAAAUUUAACAUAAAAACACAUGGAAGUUCACAUAUAUUAAAACAUACGAUAACUUAUUCAUAUGAAAGCAUGUGAUAACCAUGAGUUCAACAUAUGUUUGUUUACAUUUUUUCAUAUGGUCCUGGUUUCACAUAUUUUAUUUUACAUACGAAAAAAUCAUCUUCUUAAACAAAGAUUUUUCAAAACAUAUGAAACACAUAUGUCUUACAUAUGUAAAAACAUAUAGUUUACAAACAUGUGGUGCAUUUUUACCAGUUAAGUUGCUGUUAUCUCCACAAACAAUUGCUGUAUCUCAAAAAAUAGCCGUAUUGUCCAAAAAGAAUUGCUGUAUACAUUGUGCACAAAAAAAAUGCUGUAUUUUCCAAAACAAUUGCUGUAUUCUCCACAUACAGUUGCUGUAUUCCCAGAAUAGUUGUAACACGUGGCUAACCAUAUGUAUUCCCUUAUUAUUUUAAAAGAUUACUGUUACAAAAAUGAGUUUAUGUUGCUAUGUGUAUGUGACCACUGUUACAAACAAAUUGACUUUAGAAUUUUGAUAACUUUACAUUAGAUGUAUGAAGUACAGAGAAAAGCAUUCUCAAGUAAUUUUUUAUACCAGAAUAUUUCUUAUUAAUUGAUAAAUUUGCAGAUUUACAUAUUUCUUUAUUUAUGAAUGCUUAAAUAGUAAUCUAAUUUUUAGUAUACAAGUUUAUUUAUAAAAAGCAGUGUUUACAAAUAUAUAAUAUUUUAUUUGCUUUCAUAAUUAUUUUCAUGCAUUCAUGAUAUUUCUUUACAAAUUAAUGCUUUAACAUUAUAAUUGUUAAUAUUAUUAAUUUCCUUGUUAAUUAUUAAUGCAUAUUAUUAGGAUAUUAUAUUAAUUAGUGAUACAAUAUUAAUGAAUACAAUAAGCACUAUUUUAACCAGUAAUGUAUAUUUCAGACACAUUUGUAUAAUAAUUAAUGCUUAAACAGUUUCAAGUAUAUUCAGAAAUCUUGUACAUUUAAUAUAAUUUUCAAUUACUAUUGUCAACACUGUGAUUAUAAGUGGAGAUAGGAGAACCAGUGUAAAGUUAGACAAACCUUUCUUAAUCAGACUGUACUGGAAAAUGCUUGUUUUUUUUUAGCUUUUGGAAUGCCUCUUACAAUGGACAUUUUCUUUAAUGCAAUACAAGAAAAGUUUGUUUAAUAUAUUAUGCCGGGUAAAAGUUAACUUUAAACAUUCCAGCAUUAGUUUCAUUAGAUUCUCAUUCAAAACAACCAAUUUUAUUUAUUUGUAGCUGGCUUUUAAAAAAGUCAUGAUGUAUAUAAUAAUUAUCUCUCCUUCUGUAUAUAUAAGUUAUAAUUUAGUUAUUUUUCCUGUAAGAUGGAAGUUUAUUGUUGUUAGUGAUGCAUGAUUGGCAAUGUACUUUAUUUGAUAAGUUUUACUUUAGUUUUAUAUGCAAAAAUUGUACAGUGACUAGACUUUAAUAAUAGAUAAAAAAUAGCCUAUAUAUCUAUAUAUGAAAAUGUGGGAUCGAUAUUAGAAGUGGCGAAACGACAACCAAAGGUCUGCUAAUGGAAUUCUCUAAUUUAUACAGUUUCACUGUGAUUUUAUACUAUGAGAGAAACAAGAGUGCAACAAAUUGAAUUAAAUUAGUAAUAUACUUUAUACGCCAGAAUCUCAUGUUACGUCUAUAUACUCAGUAAUUCUAUAUACUCAAUAAAUUAGAUGUAAUUA